AUGCUUCCACAAAUUCUCCUCCCGCGUGCGGAGGCACUUGCCAUUGCAGCGGCCCUGUACGGCUCUGUUGCGCUCGGGACCCAGGAUGCCCCCAACGGCAAGGUCGAUAUCCUGGAAUUUGUCGAUCCUUUGAUCGGAACGUCGAAUGGAGGCCAUGUGUUCGCAGGCGCAACUUUGCCAUUCGGAAUGGCCAAAGCCGUUGCCGACACAGUAGGCGAGAACCAGGCCGGCUUCGCCUGGGAUACGUCGGUCGUGACGGGUUUCUCCCAUAUGCAUGACUCUGGCACCGGUGGCUCUCCAUCUCUGGGAAAUUUCCCGAUCUUCGCCCAGCCCGCCUGUCCGAAUGACGAUAUCAACCAAUGCAAGUGGCAGCAGACAGAUCGAGCCGUUGCAUGGGAAAAGGAUUCGGUGGUGGCAAAUCCCGGAUACUUCAGCAUCGCGCUAGCCAACGGUGUGAAAGCCGAAAUGACCACGACCAAUCGGUCUGCCCUGUAUCGUUUCACCUUUGAUGGAUCGUCCGAGUCUCUCAGCCCGGUGAUUCUGGUCGAUUUGAUGGAUCUGCCGCAGUCCCGUACAAAUGGCACUGCUGCCGUGGACCCCAAUACGGGACGGUUGACAGGAAACGGCACAUUCAGUCCCAGUUUCGGUAUUGGUAACUACGACCUCCAUUUCUGUGUUGAUUUCAAGGGAGCCGAUCUUCGGGACACGGGUGUCUGGUCGAAGAAUCGGGCCAACUUCACCGUUGAAAAAGUGAAGGUCACGGCCGACGGCGUCGACUCGCCUGCUACCCUAUCUGUUGGUACUUUUGCCCGCUUCAAGAGCCCCGCGAAUAAUACAAUGAUGGCUCGUGUCGGUGUGAGCUUCAUGAGUGUCAGCCAAGCAUGUGCCAACGCCGAGCGGGAGCAGCCCGACUUUGACUUUGACGGUACUGUUGCCGCAGCCAAGUCCGCCUGGAGGAAGAAGUUGGAUGUUAUUUCGGUGGAUGCGGAGGGUGUCUCCAAAGACCUGCAGGAGGUCUUCUGGAGCGGAGCCUACCGAGCUAUGAUCAGCCCCCAGGAUUACACUGGUGAAAACCCUCUUUGGAAAAGCGAUGAGCCUUACUAUGACAGCUACUACUGUAUAUGGGACUCGUUCCGCAGCAUUCACCCUCUGCUGACCUUGCUGGAUCCUGUCUCGCAGUCUCUGAUGAUGCGAAGUCUUGUCGACAUCUACCGGCACGAGGGCUACUUCCCUGACUGCCGCAUGUCUCUCUGCAAGGGUUACACCCAAGGCGGUUCUAACGCAGACGUGCUGAUGGCCGAUGCCUAUCUAAAGAAGGUGCCAGGUAUUGACUGGGACACUGCCUACGAGGGUGUGGUCAAGGACGCCGAGGUCGAGCCCAGAAACUGGGAUGUCGAAGGCCGUGGUGGGUUGCACAGCUGGAAGGGUCUUGGAUUCAUCCCCACUGACGACUUCGAUCCCUACGGCACUGGUACCCAUACUCGCAGUAUUUCGCGCACCGUGGAGUACGCAUACGACGACUUCUGCGUUGCCGAGAUGGCCAAAGCAUUGGGACACGAGUCCGAUUAUGAGAAGUAUCUGGAACGCUCUGGCAACUGGAUCAAUAUGUUCAAGGCCGACCAAAAGUCGAGCAUUAACGGCGUCGACACCGGCUUUACCGGUUUCUUGCAGCCUCGCUACAUUAAUGGAACUUGGGGCUCUCAGGAUCCCAUUUUCUGCAGUCCACUGCUCGACUUUACAUCCUGCUACCUGAAUCCCGAUGGCCACGAGACCUACGAGGGAAGCGCCUGGCUAUAUACGUUUUACGCCCCGCACGAUAUGGGAUCCUUGGUCACUGCCCUGGGAGGAGCGAAGGAGUUUGCCAAGCGACUGACCUUCCUUCACGAGUCGGGUCUGCUUUACGUGGGUGACGAGCAAGCCUUCUUGACCAUUUAUCAAUUCCACUACGCCGGACGUCCCGCUCUUUCGGCCAAAUACAGCCACUUCUACAUUCCAUCGCAAUUCAACACGACUUACGCCGGUAUUGCAGGCAACGAUGACAGUGGGGCGAUGGGCUCGUUCGUGGUGCUGAGCAUGAUGGGUCUGUGGCCUGUUCCUGGGCAGGAUGUCUACCUCAUUACUCCGCCUUACUUUAAGGAAUUGAGCAUCACCAACUCUCUCACGGGCAAGGUCUCCACCAUCCGCAACGUCAACUUUGAUUCCAGCUACAAGUCAAUCUACAUCCAGAGCGCCAAGUUGAAUGGCAAGCCAUGGUCCAAGAACUGGCUCACUCACGACUUCUUUAUCGAAGGCGGUGUUCUUGAGUUGGAGCUGGGAGAGAAGGAGAGCCAAUGGGGAACUCAUGUAGAAGAUCUUCCUCCCAGUCUCAGUGACUAUCCGUGA